AUGAAGACCAAUCUCGAGCUGAUCCAUGAUGUCGAUGGGUUCCCAUACCCAGAGACAGACCCAGAGGGCUACAAGCGUUGGCAGGAUGACAUCUGGACUCUGGUCUGGGACGAUGAGAAUGGCUCAUAUCCCAUUGGAUACAUUCUUGACCGAGUCUACAAGGAGCUUCUCCGGGUCCCGGUCCGCAUCAAGGGCGAGAUGGACUUCAACCUGAAAAACCGCACCAUCAAGCUCUUUGGGAACCUCGAGACUGAGGAGGAGCGCUCAGCCCAGGUAGCCAAACUGGCCGAGUACUGGCGGGAUAAGGAGACGUUCAAGCUCCUCAAGGGCUGGAGGAACGAGGUCUGGCCCGUCUACAGCCGCAAGGGCGAGCUGCUGUUCAGCAUAGAGCGCGCGGCCAUGGGUCUCUUUGGCACCAUGAGGUACGGGGUGCACAUGAUCGCCUAUAUCAAGGACGAGACCGCCCCGUUUGGCUUCAAGUUUUGGGUUCCCCGGCGAGCACCUGACAAGUCCACGUUCCCCAACAUGCUGGACAAUACUGUAGCCGGAGGUCUCUGCACCGGUGAGGACCCGUUUGAGUGUCUGGUCCGGGAGGCCGACGAGGAAGCCAGUCUGCCGGAGGAGGUGGUGCGAUCGGGGGCCAGAUUCGUCGGGAACGUCACCUACAUCUACAUUACCGACGAGAAGCAGGUAGGGGAGGGUGGCUUCAUCUACCCCGAGUGCCAGUGGGUCUACGAGCUGGAGCUGCCCAAGGAUGUCAUCCCGAUACCCAAGGACGGUGAAGUUGCCGAGUUUUUCCUUUCCGAUGUUAAUGACACCAGGAAGAGCCUAGAAAAUGGGGAGUACAAGUCAAACUGUGCCCUCUGCGUUAUAGAUUUCCUCAUCCGGAGGGGCGUUCUGACGGACGAGAAUGAACCCGCCAUCAAAGAUAUUCAGAGCAGAAUACACCGCGAGAUGCCCUUCCCAGGGCCACAUAAUACGAAGCAGACCCAGUCGUAA